AUGGCAGACGCCUGCAAUGGACCUUCUCCCACACCGCCCGUGCAGCGUCACCCAGAAACUGGGAUCACGGCUGUGAUCGUGGGAGGCGGUGUAGGUGGGAUCAUGACCGCGUUGGAGUGCUGGCGAAAAGGCAUCCAAGUGCGCAUCUUUGAACGCAUGGUUGUAUUGCUAAUCUCAAUCUAUCAUGCAGGAGAUUUCUUCUCAAUUGGCCCGAGCGCAUGCAAAGUCUUCGAACAUUGGCCAGCUAUGAAGGAAGAGAAUGAGGCCACGUCCUACGAUUUCUGGCUCUCCUACCAUAAACAAACCGGUGAACACAUUUAUGGCCCGGCUCCUUUGGCAAUCGUGACGACGAACGAGGCUGGCGAAACCACCACAAACACGAUUCGCAUCCACCGGCAUCUUCGCUCCAAGUUUCAAAACAUCCUCUUAAGGCAAUUAGCUGCGACUGGAAUGGUCGUCGAAUACAACCACCGAGCCGUGAGAUACCACGAAACCGAUGACAAAGCAAAUGUAGAGUUUGACAACGGCGUUCGCGUGGAGGCCGACUUGGUCAUCGCGGCUGACGGUGUCGGUACCAAGUCAUUUGAAGUGGUCACGGGCAAGGAAUUGCGCGCUCGAAGCAGUGGCUAUGCUAUAUAUCGCACUGCGUACCCUGUCGAAUUUGCUGUUGCAGAUCCGGACGUCGACCGACGAUUUGCCAUUCUUCCCAAUGGCCAAUCUCCCGCCGAGAUGUGGGUUGGGCCUGAUAUGCACCUGUUUAUCUCUCGGACGGAGGACACGUUUUCAUGGUCCGUGACCCACAAGGAUACCGCAGACUCGGCGGAGACCUGGUAUGGGACUCACUCGAAAUGCACCCCGGCAGACGUGAUACAGUGCCUUGAAACGUCUUUGGGUUCCUGUCCGGACAUUCUUCAAAAGGUAUUCAACACCACACCCGAGGAUCGCCUGGUGGACUGGAAACUCCUGUGGCGAGAUCCUCAACCGCAGUGGACCUCUCCUAGAGGUCGAGUGGUCCAGCUCGGGGAUGCCGCCCAUACCUUCCUACCCAGUUCUGGCAACGGGGCCACCCAGGCCAUGGAGGAUGCAAUGUCUCUGGCCAGCUGUCUGGAGAUUGGUGGACAGAGCAACAUUCCCAUGGCUCUCCGUGUACACAACCUGCUCAGGGCCGAACGGGUCUCUUGCUGCCAGCUUCUCGGCUUCAGAAACCAGGCGCAGCGCCAUCACACCAACUGGGAUCUCGUUGCGGAGAACCCACGGGCGAUCAAAGAGUCGUAUGAUCGCUGGCUGUGGGCACAUGAUGCAGAGCAGUACGCAUACGAGAAUUAUGGAAAAGCUUUCCAGCACCUAAUCACGGGUGCGCCGUUCACAAACACUAAUGCUGCGCCGGGAUAUGUAUAUAGGCCGUGGAACAUUGACGAGCUAUUGGCAAAGCAAGAUGCCGGGAUCCCGAUCGAGGUGUAA